AUGGCAGAAGUUGUCGCCAAAUUACGCAAGACACGUGGAUACGUGAAGGCGAAACUUACGAGAAUAAGAACACAAACGUCACAAAUCAUCGACGACAAAGGCAGACUCGACAAAGAGGAAGCUGAAACAAGAUUGGAAAGGUUAGAGGAAAUCUAUCGAGAAUUUGAGCAUGUUCAACAACAGUUGUUAGAACGAGUAGACGACCUCUCCGAGGAGGACACGGCGGAGGAAAAAGCCUUUGAACAAAAAUAUUUUGAGGUAAAGUCAUUAUUAAAGCGUUUUACAAAGGUGCCUUCAGAAGGUACUGAAUCUAGUAGCACAAAUGCUAUCGUGCAAUUGUUGCAACAACAAUCUGAAAUAAUUUCGCAAAUAGGGCGUGGCACACAAAACGAGGUGUCAGCCAACUCACCGUCAAUUGAAAACGAAACGUUAUCGGCCAUACUGUCACGUCAAACAAAGAUUCUCAAUCGUGUGGCUAUGAACGCAAAUUCAACUAACCCAGACACUAGAGUCAAGUUACCUACAAUUAAACUUCCGCGUUUUGAUGGAAAAAUAGAAGAAUGGAAAUGUUUUAGCGAUAGUUUCCGUUCAAUAAUACACGAUAAAGCUAACUUAUCAGAUAUUGAAAAGUUUCAAUACUUGAUUUCGUCGAUUUCGGGCAACGCCGCGAAAAUUAUAGAGUCUAUAGAGAUGACAAGUCAAAAUUACAGAACGGCUUGGGAAUUGUUAGAGCAAAGAUACGAUGACCCAAAGUCGUUAAAAAAGAAGCACAUACAAUGUUUAUUUUCAAUACCUGUGGUAGCAAAGGAAUCCGCGAGGAUCCUUCGAGAGCUAAUUGAUUAUACUUCCAGACAUUUGCGAGUUUUGAAGGUGUUAGGUUUGCCCACUGAUUCUUGGGAUGAACUCAUAUUACAUAUGCUAAAAAACAAGGUUGAUACAAGGACUCUUCGUGCAUGGGGAGAGGAGAUAGAGACAAAUGACAAUCCAAGGCUAGUCGACAUGAUGGAAUUCUUAAAACGAAGAUGUCAAACCAUAGAGCGAAUCGAAUCUAGAGUAAUCGAAAAAACAGAACGCACUAACAAGGACGGUGAUCAGAGAGGUAAAGGUGCCGUAGUGACUGGUACAAAACCAAAUUCUUCUGCAAGGAGUGAGGUUAUUAAAAAGACGACUCUAACCACCGCAUUAGAGUCAGCUUUAUUCAUACCUGAUCGUAUCAAAGAGGUCAAACGAUUAUGGUUAUGCUUGAACUGCCUAAAAAAUGAUCAUUACAUCAAGACGUGUAAAUGUGGUCCUUGCCGUGAAUGUGCCAAAAAACACAACACGUUGUGUCACAUGUCACAAAUGGAAAGGGUUUUGCCAGCUGAACCAGAGCCGUCAAUUGAUUCAACAGGUUCAGAGUCUCAGUCAGAAACAAAUAAUAGAACAAUAGCCAAUAAUGUAAGCGUUCAUCAUUCUUCAAGUGGUGGACAGAGACGUCUCAUGGCUACAGCAGUGGUUGAAGCGACUCAACGCAAUGGUAACACCAUACCCGUCCGCGUACUGCUUGAUAGUGCAAGCGAAGCUAACUUCAUUACAAAACAUACGCACAAUAGAUUAGGAUUAAAAUGCGAUAGAGUAUCAGAAGUUAUCUCUUGUCUAAAUGAGAUAGAGAAUAAGAUUCAUAGUUCAUGCGAUGUACAAAUCAAGUCCAAACAUUCUAGCUUUCAGUUAAACGCUCAAUGUUUAAUCGUAUCUAAAAUUACCAAAUACUUGCCAUCCGUAGAAAUAGAUCAUAAGAAAUUGCAAAUUCCAAACAAUCUCAAUUUAGCCGAUGCUGAGUUCUUCAAACCUGGCGCAAUAGACAUGCUACUCGGCGCAGAAUAUUUUUAUGACUUAAUGGAUAAUGGGAAAAUUGAACUAGGAGAACAUCAAUUAAUUUUGCAAAAUACUAAACUAGGGUGGAUAAUUGCUGGUUCAAUGCAGUCUGACACAUCAAAGAAUCAAGUUUGCAAUUUGAAUUCCUUAAGAGUAAUGAUAUGUUCACUAAAUCCCGAGGAGUCAUUAAAUAAUAAUUUAGAGAAAUUUUGGAAGCUAGAAGGUUACGACGAUGAAAAACAAAUUACAUCUGUCGACGAAAAACGUUGCGAAAAACUUUUCGAACAAACUACCGCGCGAUCAAGCGAUGGGAGAUUUAUAGUCAGAUUGCCAUUCCGUGAAGGGAAUAAGCCUAUCGGUAACAAUAGAGGCAUAGCUUUAAAACGACUAAAUCAAUUAGAACGUAAGUUCAAAGGCGACAACACAUUUCAUGACAGAUACAUUAAUUUCAUGCAAGAAUACGUUAAGCUAGGACACAUGUCUAUUGCGAAUGAACCUAUUAUUGAUUCAGAAAACAUUGUUUACCUACCGCAUCAUGAAGUAGUUAAGGAAUAA